AUGGCAUGUAGGAGCGGCUGCUGCUGCGGCUCCGGUCCAAUAAACGAGGAUAACGCGAGGUUCCUGCUGCUGGCAUUGUUCAUCAUCGUCUAUCUCCUGUGUGGAGCCGCUGUCUUCUCCGCGCUGGAGCAGCCAAAGGAGCGAGAGGCGAAGGAGCGCUGGGCGCAGAGGUUCGAGCUCUUCAGCCAGAAGUACAACCUGAGCAAGAAAGACCUGAACAACUUCCUGAGGAACUACGAGGAGGCGAACGUGGCGGGGAUCAGAGUGGACACGAUCAGACCACGAUGGGACUUCACGGGCGCUUUUUACUUCGUGGGGACGGUGGUGUCAACAAUUGGGUUUGGGAUGACGACUCCGGCCACCAUCGGAGGAAAAGUCUUCCUGAUGUUCUACGGCCUCCUCGGCUGUGCAGCGACCAUCCUCUUCUUCAACCUCUUCCUGGAGCGUGUCAUCACCGUCAUCGCUGUCGUCUUAAAGUCCUGUCACGAAAGACGCCACAACAAAGCCGUUCUCCCGCAAAACGGUCGACGAGUCUCUGAGGGAAACAGAGCCGAGGGAAGUGGAGGAGGAAAAGGAGCAGAUCUAGCCGGGUGGAAACCCUCGGUGUACUGCGUCAUGCUCAUUCUUGGAGCGGCAGCCAUCGUGGUUUCCUGCUGCGCCUCGCUCAUGUACUCAGCAGCUGAAGGAUGGGGCUACUUAGACUCACUCUACUUUUGCUUUGUUGCCUUCAGCACUAUUGGUUUUGGCGACAUGGUGAGCAGCCAGCGGGUCGUCUAUGAGGGCCAUGCUACCGUUGCAUACCGCCUCGGCAACUUCCUCUUCAUCCUGACCGGCGUCUGCUGCAUCUACUCCCUCUUCAACGUCAUCUCCAUCGUCAUCAAGCAGGUCCUCAACUGGCUCCUGAGGAGGCUGGAGGCUCCCUGCCGCUGCUGCUUCCCGAGAAGGGGUCACCACCCGCACAGGCACCCCAGACGGAACGUAGUGGCCCCGGGUCACUUGCGCACCCGCAGAGAUCCCUCUAUCGAGACUGACGCCAUCAAUGAGAGCGAGACUGACACCGGGCGCAGGAUGUCAGGGGAAAUGAUCUCCAUGAGGGAUUUUCUAGCAGCCAAUAAGGUUAACCUGGCUAUUAUGCAGAAGCAGCUUUCCGAGAUGGCCAUUGGGCAUCCGCGCCAGUCCAGCACCAGCUCACAUCAGAACGGAUUCUCCGGAGGGGUGGGCGCCCUUGGCAUCAUGAAUAACCGGUUGGCAGAGACCAGCGUGGACAGAUAG